ACUACUUUUGUUUUCGAUCACAACAAUGAUUCAUACAUCGAUCAUGAUGAGAUCAAGAGGACAAUGCACUUCCUGGGCGAAACUGUCACGGACGACGACGUUCGGGCUAUGAUCAAAGAGGCUGACGCUGAUCAUGACGGCUUGGUCGAUUUCGAAGGUAUGUCGAAGUAG